UAAACCGGGGUGUAAUUCAUUUAGCAAUUUCAUCCUAGAACUCCUGCAGAGAGGUUUGGUUUUGACAAACUCAUGUCUCUGUGCUGAAAACAGCCCUGCCUGGCUGCGCUCAUUAGGGAUUUGCGGUCUGGCAGGAGCCCGCUCGUUUCUCACCGACCUGCGGUGGCUGGAGUUCUCCUCCUGGCCACUCGCGCCAUUGCUCCAGCACUGUGGCAAUCCUCAGGCAGCUCCAAAGCACUCAGGACAUGACUGCCUGGGAGGGACGGAAAAGGGCAAUGUAUUCCCUGCAGCACAGCGGGUCCCGCUGGGCCUCCCCCAGAGGGAAUACCAGGGGGAAAAGUCCUGGCAGGCGGCAGAGAGCCCGGCCCUGGCAGAGGCCGCCGGGCGCCCCCGGAGCGCUGCCAGCGCCGGAGGCGGCCUGAGCCUGGGCCUGGGCACAAACAGCUCCUUCUUCCAGCGGGGCGCGGAGCCGGGCCCAGCUGCCCCCCGGGACAGGGGUGCGGCGGCCCCCGCGCUGCCCGGGACGCCGGCUCUUCCAGGCGGGACGGGGGCCUCCUCCUCACCAGGGCAGCUGAAAAAGCAGGGCUGUGCUUGUCCAUGGACUGCUGGGAGGCUCACUGGGCACUCUGAGGGCCACACGCCAUUUCCACAGCUGCCAGUUCUGAGUGAGAAGGUAGGAACCUCUCUCCUCUGUCUCUACAUCCUGGAGAUGGCCUCACCCAAGGUUGCAGUGGUCGGUGCAGGAGUCAUCGGCCUGUCCACAGCAUUGUGCAUCACAGAGACUUGUCCUAGCUGCUCUGUGACAGUCCUUUCAGACCAGUUCAGCCCCAACACAACGAGUGAUGUGGCAGCUGGGAUGCUCAUCCCUCAUAUCUACCCAGACACACCGAUCCACAGGCAGAAGCAGUGGUUCCAAGAGACCUUCACUUACCUUUUUGCCCUCAGCAAUCCCGAGGCAUCAGAGGCUGGCAUUCACCUGGUCUCUGGUUGGCAGAUCUUUAAAAGCACUCCCAAGGAAGAGUUACCUUUCUGGUCAGAUAUUGUGCUGGGAUUUCGACCAAUGUCCGAAGCAGAACUCCAAAAGUUCCCGCAGCACCGAUUUGGUCAGGCCUUUACAACCCUGAAAUGUGACUGCCCACCGUACCUGCUGUGGCUGAAGAAAAGGUUGAAAGCAACUGGCACCCAGAUGUACACCAGGAAAGUGGCAGACUUGUGGGAGCUGCACAGUGAAUAUGACAUCGUUGUCAACUGCACAGGCAUGGGAGCCCACCAGCUGGUGGGGGACAAGCAGCUCUUCCCUGUUAGGGGACAAGUACUCAAGGUUCACGCUCCUUGGGUGACACAAUUCAUCCGGGAUGGAGAUGGCUUAACUUACAUCUACCCAGGGAUACACAGGGUGACCCUGGGGGGAACCAGGGAAAAGGGGAGCUGGAGUCUCUCUCCUGAUGCUGGCACUACUAAAGACAUCUUUGACAGAUGCUGCUCCCUUGAGCCCUCACUGCAGGGAGCUCAGGAUAUCAAGGUGAAGGUGGGCCUGAGGCCGUCCAGGCAGUGUGUGAGAGUGCAGAGAGAGGUUUUGAGCAAAGGAGGAGUUAAGCUUCCAGUGGUUCACAACUAUGGGCAUGGGGCAGGUGGGUUUUCAGUGCACAGGGGCACAGCCAAAGAGGCUGCUCACCUGGUGGAAGAGUGCAUUUCUGCUCUGCAAAGCUCGUCAUCAAGGGCCAAGCUUUGAAUCCCAGAGACUCCUUUUCCAUUUACAGCUAGUGCUGCAUCUCCUAGCAGCAGCUUGGACUUUAAGUCCAUUACUGUAUAGAAGGGAACUAAGUCAACAUCUUGUUCCAGUGCAGAUACUCAGUGUUAUCUUUAACCACCUUGGAAAGGCAUGAUAUGCUGAUCCAUGUAUUAGCCCAGCUGAUCAUCUCCUCCAUCUGUCCUGAGCCUUUGUCCUAGUCUCAUGUGAAGAAGACAACAUACAUAAAUACUCUUCACAUAACAGAUUGCUGCAGUAUAAUACAAAUAACAUCAAUUUAGCAUUUCUGCACCUGCAUCUAAAGGGCGUCAGAUACAGUAGGCUCAGAUUCAGUAAAAAUAGGUUGUCUCCUCUUGUACCAAAUCUAAUCUAGACUUGCCUUUGUUUCUGCCACCUUGCUAAAAAAUUUUAUCAUUCAUCUAUAUGAUUUAAAAGGAAAAUAAAACCCCAUGCAGUGCUGCAUUACAGUGUUCCAGGUCAGCUCUUACAGAAAGCAGCAUUAGGUCACUGUCACACGCAGUGACCGGGCAAGUGUGAUUUUAAGGGCAGGUCUGUGAUACCCAUCACUGCAUUUGCUCAUAUUGCACCUCAGGGAACUUAAAGUUUCUGCUAGUAUUGCCCCACAUGAGCUACAGUUUUGUGCAUCUUUUCUCACACUGCUUUGCAAAUCUAUUUUUUUCCUUCAAGGCCCUCAGAUUUUGCUCUCAGACACCAAUGAUUUUCCCUCAGCCCCUCCCCUUCUCCCCCACACAGUAACAUUGAUAUGGACUUGUUCUACUGAAGAAGAUUUUUCAGAGUGGGCUGGGGAAUGCAGCAUCCCUUUUCUACUUCACAACAACACUGUCUGCUUUCCUUGCAACAGCUGAUAGGAGUAAAUUGGAGACAAACCAGCAAGGAUUCUGACACCGGCAUCGGUUUUGUAGAAGAGCCAUUUAAGACUAGAUAAACACUCUAUGGAAAAAUUUGUCUGUAACUGGACAUGAGCAAGCUCCUCUGCUGUAAGAAAGCUGAGUCCUCUGCUCACUCCGUGGCAGAGGCUCUGUUGGGCUUUACACUCCCCUCAGCAAUUCAAGCCCUUUGAUGUGUCUGAAGAUAAUCGCUCCCCAAAACUGGAUCUUACUAUCAAAGUACAGGUCUGACUCUUAGUGAUUAAAUGACUCAUUAAAUCUUUAAUGGCUCACUUGAGAGUGUUAUCAUCCAUUUUUGUCUAGCUUUUUUGUCCAUAGAAUUACAAAACCAUUAAAAAUGCUUCAAUAAUUCCAGUGAUUAAAAUUAACUGCUAAAUAAAGUUCUAAUAAUGGAGCAAAGGUCA